CCGCAUUGCCCUUCUGUUCCGUCAAAUGGACCAAUUCCCAAACCAAACAACGCCUUUCUCUGUGAUAACCGUGGAUAACCAUAUCACCUUUUUGGCAGCCAGAGCUGAUUUUAGUCUGUCCCCUCUAAUAGAAUGUACGGAGUUUUCUUUCAAUUUUUACCAGCAGCCAAACAGAACAUGAUCAGAUUUCGAUCUCAUGCUCUCAAUCCAAUCACCGUUUUUUCGAAAAUUUUGAAACCCUGAUAACUUUACAUGGCGAAACUUGAGCUGUCGAAUUUGAUACGUUAUCUGCAUUGUUUGGCUGCCCUGGAAGUUCUUCUUCUGCCCAGCCCCCCACAACCAAAAAAAAAGAAAAAGAAAAAGAAAAGAAUUUUCAUUCUCAAAAUAAGUUUUCUCAUUUUGAGGACGGGACGGGAAAAUAAGAAUUCCAUUUGGUUUAAUUACCUAGUAACAUUAAUUCUAAUAUCCAUAAUUUGAUUCUUCUUUAGCAAAAAUAUGAAAGAAUAUGUUAAAUGUCAUUGUUUGAAUAAAUCACAUUAUAAAAUGAAGGAUGGUUGAAUUCAUCAAAGAAACUAAUGAUGAUAAUAAGAAUAAUCAAAAGAAGUAUGAUUGAAGAAGUUUAAAAUGUAUGACAAAACUGCAAACACCUAAGAAUAUCAUAUCACUACCUCUAGCAGUCCUUCAAGAGUUGGGAAGCUAAUAGCUAUGUCAUGUGGUUGUUUGAAAGUAAGUAUCUUAGUGGUCCAGAAACUUUAAAGACCUUCUCUCUCAUUACAAAGUAUUCUUAUUUAGAUAUAUCUUGGUUUUGGUUUCAUCAUUUACUGAAAUGCAAAUUUGACUUAUAUUUUUUUUAGGCCAUUUGAGUUGUACAUCUUUGUUUGGUUUUGUUUUUCAAGAGAUUGAAAGGUAGAACCUUUAUAUGUUUGAGUAACGUCAUUCUUUCUGAUCAUUUUGAGCUCUUGUAUUACUCUGUUCAAGUAGAUUAAGGGUUAGACGUUUGAGUGCUAGCAUCCAUGGAAUGCACUUUGAAUUCUAUUGAAACACAUGCUUGUCUCGCUGAUCAUUAAAAAGUAUCUGCUAUGAACUUCAUAGGAAAUUGGCCCUAUUCACUUUAUUGAGAACCCGCAAAAUUCAAAUACAACCUAAAUCCAUAAUUAGAAAUUUAUUGGAUUGUACUUACGACAGUUCUCUUCCACUAGCCAUGCAAGUUGUCUGCUGUGUGUGCCCUCACUUAAGGAAUGUGGUCCUAUAAUUUAUAGACAAAGUCUGUUAGGGUAAAUUGAAUAAGUGUAAACCGUUGUGACAUAAAACAUGAAUUAGCCUAUGCUAUAGUUUAUUUCUUUUUACUUUUUGCAUACAAAAGUGGCACAGGCAGCUGGGUUUGGAGUUCAAUUUUACUUUGUUCUUGUCUAUUUCCUUAUGUAGAGGUAGAAUAUACAUAGUUUGAAAAGCUAAUCUAAAUAUUGAUGGAUAAUUCAUAAUUAAGUUACUACUACAAAUUACUGUUUGUUUGGUCUGUAAGAUUAUUUUGAAUUAUUUAGAUGUCUGAUUCAGUAUUCACAAGUAUGAGAGCUUCUUUCUUCAUUGUAGAUCUUUCAUAUUUUUCAUGUGAUAUAAGGAUGGACGAUGGUUUUUCCAGUCAUGGUGACAAUUUGAGGGCUAAUUGGACUCCACCCCAGGACAACUAUUUUGUUGACCUUUUAGUAGAACAAGUGCGCAAAGGGAGCAAGACUGGUCAUGGUUUUAGGAAACAAGCCUGGACUGAGAUGAUUGUAUCUUUUAAUAGCAAAUUCGGAUUUAAAUAUGACACAGAUGUUCUAAAAAACCGAUAUAAAAGAUUAAGGAAGCAAUACAAUGACAUGAAGAUUCUUAUUGAUAGGGGUGAGUUUAAGUGGGAUGAAUCACAGAAGAUGAUAACAGCUGAUGAUGAUGUUUGGGAUGACUAUAUCAAGGCCAACCCUGAAAUGCAACCAUACACAAGAAGAGUUGUCCCAUACUACAAUGACUUGUGCACAAUAUGCGGACAUGCUGUAGCUGAUGGAAGAUACAGUCUUUCGUGUUUUGAUUUAGACUUUGAGAGUGAAGUUAAAGAAAUAGAAGAUGAAACUCCCAUGAUUGGUGAUCCUAAAAAAAUUGAGUGGUCGCAGUCCAUGGACCAAUUUUUCAUUGAACUAAUGUUGGACCAGGUGCAUAAAGGGAAUAAAAUUGGUCGCAAUUUCAAGAAGAAAUCUUGGGUGUACAUGAUCACCUCUUUUAAUACAAAAUUUGCUUUCCAUUACAGUAGGAGUGUCCUGAAAAAUCGUUAUAUUAUUUUGAGGAGGCAUUAUUGUAGCAUAAAGAUUCUACUCAGUCAAAAAGGGUUUAGCUGGAAUGAUAAACAGCAAAAGGUUCUAGCUGAUGAUCAAGUGUGGGAUGAUUAUGUCAUGGAAAAUCCCAACUUUCGAAUGUACAGAAAUAAAAUGAUGCCGUGUUAUACUUACAUGUGCAUUAUCUGUGGCAACGAAGCUGCCAGGAGAAAAACUCUUCCAACCCGCAAGCCAAUUAUGCAGAAGGAAACCCUUAAAAAUAAUGCUAAUGGAGAAGCUAAGCCUGUUAUUAAUAAAAGCAAUUCAUACGAACAGGCAUUAUGCUCAGAUGGUAUUAAGAAUCCAUCAGAUCAGAAGAGAAGGGCUCAACCCAAAAUGACACCAACCUUACAGCCAUCUAAAAGAGAACGAAGGACAGAUGACUGUGUGGCCGAUGCUCUAGACAAGAUGACAGCCGCGGUUUCAUCAUUGACCAAGGGACUGGGACAAACGAAGAAAGAAAAAUCUGUAUCAGCAGAGACUGUGAUUAAAGUAUUGCAGACUAUUCCAGACAUUGACGACGAUCUGUUGCUGGAUGCCUGUGAUUUUUUGGAGGAUGAGAGGAGAGCUAGAACCUUUUUAGCUCUGGAUUCCACUCUUCGAAAGAAAUGGUUGGUUAGGAAGCUUCGUCUGGAUUAAUUGCAUGCAGUCUCUCUUCUUUUCCAUAUUUCCUCUUAAAAUUAGUCUUCUAUAUAAAUUUGUUAAUCGCUAGUUUUGAAAUGUGAUUUUUUUUCAGCCCAUUUAGUUUCAGACAUUAUAAGCACACUUCAUACUGCACAUGUUUUAUUUACACUGAUGAGUCUUGAAGUGAUUAAUUUAUCUGUAUAUACAUAGUACUUGUACU